AUGGAAGUUUCGCCAGUCACACGGCCUCUGCUGACGGAGCCCGGGGAGCAGGAAACAUGCUGGAUUUGCUUCGACAGCAGUUCUCAAUCAAGAAAGCUAGUUAAGCCAUGUUUAUGCCCACGCUACGUUCAUAGUGCGUGCCUGGCGCAAUGGCAGGUCAGUGCUCCAGAACUCACCCCGCAACAAGAACACCGACUAAGUAGGGAGGAAUAUCCUCCGUGGACUACGUCGAUAACUCCGGUGCACCUGCAACCCAAUACGGCGCAAGUGCAGCCCUGGAUGGCCGUUAUCUGCGGCGACGAAGUGGUCAAUAUCGCCGUUCGGCCAGGACCCCAAGGGUUGGAGGAAUUCCAAGAGACCAUCAGAAGGCUGUUUGGGUUCACUCAGGACUGCGACAUCGAGGUGACAUUCCAGUGCCGUACACCCCUUGGAGGUGCACCAGUAACUCUCCACGGCUUCCAGUGCUAUGAUGCAGCGGCGGUGUGUGCGGCCAUCUCCGCAAACAGCCGUGUGGUGAUGGGGGAGGGCACGGAUCUGGCGUAG